GUUGUUACCAGGAAAACAGAGGUUAUGUUACAUUUGUUGUUCACUUAAAUCUGAUUUCAUUCUACAUUUGAACAGAUCUAUUCAUUUAACAUGAAAUUAACGCAAAUUCUGUUCCGCCAACACAUUGGUCGACACCUAAAGAAACAUUGGAUGAUACAAGGUAAAAAAGUAGCGCGUGAAACAGCAGCUUUCAAAUACCUUGCUGAAAAUAACAUACCGGUAUAUGAUGCAAAUGAUAUCAUUAAAGAAGAAAGAACUAUUGAACCUGUGGAGAUCAUUGGGUUUGAACCAAAGCCUCAACUCCUUGACAAAACACAUCCCAACUGGCAUGAUAAAAUUUGUCUCACAUACAAAGACAAUAAUGUUUUACUAGAAGGAUUUAAACAGGCUCAAAGGAUAACCAAAACUGUAGAAAUUCAAGAUGGGCUACCUGAAUCUUAUAUUAUCAAGAACUCAUCAAAAGAAUUGGAUGCAAGAGUAAGAAAUAUUAUUUUGAACUCACACAUCCUAGAUGCUCAACAGGAAAAGUUAGAAAAGAUUAAAGACCCUCUGAGACCAGCAUUCAACUUUCCAAGGGUGUAUGGUGUUUCACCUGAUAGGAGAAUGAAAUUGUUAACAUCCAAACUGAUGCAGUUAAUUGAGUCAAUGGCAGGUCCACAAUUAUCCAACGCUCGUUAUUUAUUAAAUGAUGUUCAAUUUAGAUUUAAUUUUGAAAAGGCAAGUGAUUUGAUGCAGUUUGACCUCACUGCUGAGACAUUUCUAACAGCAAACAGUGCAUUGAGGAUGUUAACACAAGAUAAAGGUUUAGAGAUCACAUUUCCUGAUCUUCACCCAAUCAGUGAUACAAUCACUCUUAAUUUGGAUAAUAUUUACGACACGUCCAAUCUUUACCCCAUCAGUAAAAAUGUAACCAAACGCCACCCACACACGAUUUUCAUCGAUUUUAAUCAUGAGAAAGUCGGUAAUGUCUUUGAAGAACAAGUCACUGAAGAGCAAAUUAUUGGAAGGAGUCUAUUGAAGACAUUUACCGCUGCCGCAAGUUAUGCUCGACAAGAAUUCGGUGAUAAAGUAAAAGAACUGCCACAACCGGUGACUGUACAAUGUGUGCAUUCUGACGGACGACUUUUCCACUUUGGCGUUUUGCAAUUGAACACUCUCGACUUAGAAAAUCAUGACGGUGUGCGAAACAUUUGGUAUCAAACACCUCGACUCCAAAUGUUUAAUGUGUGUGCCUAUGUGAAAGGUAAACCAACUUUGGAGGGGUAUAACAGCGAUGUGAUCAAACAUUUGAUAAGUUUUUACGAUAGCGUUUGAAUUGACAAAUGAUGUAGGGAAUGCUUUUGCUAAUUAAAUUAUUUAGAGAGAACGUACAA